AAGCUGUGUAGAGGCACUUUUGGGGACUACAAAUUGAGCUCCCCUCCCCUCACAUUCCAAAUCAUCUCAUCUCUCUUCCUUUGAGAUGGCUGCAAUCGUGUGCCAGUCGUCAAGAAUACACAGACUUAUGUUGGCAUCCCCAAAACCUCCUCCUCAACAACCCUUCAAAUCUUGCUUAUGGGAAAACAAUUACAGUUACAAACCCGACACCACAACAGCUUGGACCUCCAUUGAAGCUCUUUCAAGUACUGUGAGCAACUAUGAGUAUGAGGUGUCGCUGCUGCGACUCAGCCCCAAGAGUUUGGAGCUCUGCACUGAGAACCUAGGGAAUGAGACAGGCUGUGAUGACAUCAUAACUGAGACUGGCAUUGAGUUGCUCUCUUCUUCUUCUUCUUCUUCGACAAGGGAGCAGAAAAGUAGGAAAGCGCGUGAAGCAGCUCGGAGUUUUCCACCGCCUUUGACAACGAUAAGAGGAUCGGAGUCGAUACGAGUGAGGCCCCACAGAGAAGGUGGGAGGUUAGUGCUUCAACUCACUAAGGUCCCAUCUUGUUUCCAAGCUCAGAGGAGCCCUGGACGCCUUCGCCUCUGCUUUUGGACUGACAUUCAAACACAAGAACAUGAAGAUGAAGAAGAUGAUGAUGGGCGUGGAUGGGAACACACCAAAGGCUGCAACAGUUGGGUGGAAAAUAACUAUGAGAGGCAAAUCAGCAGGUGCAAGGAAGAAGGUCAUGACCAUGAAAACAACGAUUUCUUAAUAAAUUGGGGUGAAUCUCGUUUGGUCGCCACUUCAUAAAAUUUUAUUUAGAUUUUGGAGCACUCUAUCUUCUUCUUCUUCUUCUUUUUUACAUUUUUUGCGUUUCUCAAUUUCGAUGCCUUAACCUUAAUGAUCAAUUCACAUGUAUGUACGUGGCAGUACUAUUUUUUUUUCCCA